AUGCUAGUAUCAAAGCUGGGCUGUAACGGUUCACCUUUAACGUCCGGAAGGUGUACGCCCCAGCUGAGGUCCCUGACUGUCGACAACGGCGUGACAGACUGGCCGUCCGCGGAACUGUCGGACGCCUUGGCGCGGCUGCUGGGUUCCGGACUGCUGGCGGAGCUGCGCUCGCUGACGGUGGAGGGCGCGAGCAGUCGGGGCGUCGAGAUGGACGGUCCCCUGCUGGCGGCGUGCCGCGGCUGCCCGCACCUGGAGCGACUGCACCUGCAGUGGACGGAGAGGCUGGGCGCACGCGGCCUCGCGGGGCUGGCCGACCUCGGCGACCUCCGCCGCCUGCGCGUCAGCUCCGUCGCGACACUGCCCGCUGUCGACUUCCUCCCGGUCAGCCUCGAGGAGCUCGAGCUGUCCCGCUGUCACGGCGUGCGACUGGACGGCCUCGCCGCGGGACCCGCCCUGCGCAGGCUGGUGCUGGACGGCUGCGCCCUGGAGGGGGAGCGCCUGGCCGGGGCGGCGUGCCGGCUCGCCUCGCUGGAGGAAGCGAACCUCGCGGGCAAUCGGCGCCUCCGCGACCUCUCCUUCCUCCGUCCCUGGGUGCGCCUCCGCACUCUCAAUCUCGCGGACUGUGACAGCUUCGACGGGGAUACCUUCGGCACCCUCGGGUUCCUCGGGCAGCUCCGGUCUCUGAAUCUUUGCAGGUGCGACCUGCGCAACGUCUCGCUGGACGCCGUGCUGGGGUCACUGCCGCAGUUGGAGGAGCUCGUCCUGUCGGGGACGUCGGUCGUGGGGGGCCAGUCGUGUGCCGCCAGCCUGCCGCCCGGCCUGGCCGAGCUGCACCUGUCGUGGUGCGCGUGGGUGGACGCGGCAGUCGUGCGGGAGCUGCGGCACCUGGGGCGGCUGCGUGCCCUGCGCCUCUCGCGUUGCGGCGGUGUAGUCGGCUGGCAGCAGCUGGCCACGGACCUGCUGCCGCACCUCCUCGCUCUCGAGCGACUCGACGUGUCGGGCUUGGGCGGCAGUACGGGGGACGGCGUGCGCGACCUGUCGUUCCUGCGGCACUGCCCACAGCUGCGCACCCUGGACGUGGGCGAGAAUGCCGGCCUGCCGCCCGCCGCCUACUCCGACCUGCGGCACGCGUCCGGCCUCCGGCACCUCGACCUGCACGGGUCCGACUUGGAGGGUGUGCCGCUGCAGGAGACGGUGGGACGGCUGUCUGAACUCGAGACACUCACCGUUUACGGGUGCCGGGGUGUCGGACAGGAGGAACUGCAACGGCUCACCACAUUCCUGCCGAAACUUAUAAUAAAGGGCAAGGUGCGGCCAUGA